UAAAAUUAGACCAACCAAUCAGAUUGUUUGUUUUUGUUUUGAUCUAUAUAUAUUUCACAAUCACAUGUUCGAUGUAUACACAUGCUGAUUUACAAUGCCAAGUGAAAAGGAAAACCAUAACAUGACAAUAGAUAGAUCGUCAAGGAGACCCAGCAAACGUCCCGGCAGACGAACUGCCAAGGUCGAUGUAAAGGUCAAGUUAGAACGUAGUAGGCAGAGUGCAAGGGAAUGUAGAGCGAGAAAGAAGUUACGAUACCAGUAUUUAGAGGACUUGGUUACCAGUAAGGAAAAGGCAAUCUUUAAGUUGAGGGAUGAACUUGCAUUGCACAGACAAAUUUGUGCCGAAGUUGAUUCUGGGACAAUAUCGGAGAUUAUGUUUGAAAAAUUGCAAGCGAUCGUUGAAGAUGACGAGCAGACGGACACAUUUGAUACUUGUUUGAAAACGGACAUUAAAACCGAGCCUAUGGAUUAUUAAUCAUUUUAUGAAUAUUGACUAGGAAGCUCUGGUCUAAACUGGUUUCAAUACAGCGAGUUCAGUAUCCAGUACUUAAAAAUAUGAAUAUUCAUCACCAGUACUAAAAUAUAUGAAUAUUCAUCAGUACUUAACUAUAUGAAUAUUUAUAACCAGUACUAUUAUAAUGAAUAUUUAUCAGAGAAAAAAAAAACACAACAAAUAGUUAUGCUUUGACCAGUUGAACUUUAAGACUUUGUGAUACAUGUAUGCAAUACCUGAACUACAUGAUGAAAAAUUCUUUUUUGUACUUUUGAUCUUACUCUUUUAUUUGACAAUCACAGCAUUUGUUUUCGAAUUCUUUGAAACAAAUUUACAUGACAUUGUUAUGAAACAAGGUUAUAAUUGUGUUCAUACAUAUGUAAAUAUUUCUUUUAAAUGUUCAUCACUGUAUAUACGUCUUGUUAUGUAAAAUAUAUUUAUACAUAUAAUAUUCAUGAUAUUUUCAUCAAACUCGUGAUAAAUAGAUUAUGAGACAUUAAAAAUUGAGCAUUUGCCAAACUGCUGAAAUAAAUUUAGAAAAAGGAGAAGAAUAUCUUGUAAGAAAAAUUUAAUCUAUUGCAUUUUUUUUGCUCGUGCUUUAUUUUUAUUUUUUUUCUUGGGGGGUGGGGGUAUUCUGAUUUAUUUCAUGUCAUUUUCUAUAUUGUACAGAAUCUUCGAAACACUAGCUUUCAAGUUCUGAAACAUAAACAAGAGUAAUGUUUCAAUUUUAUUACCAUGGUUUUUUUUCUGUACCCAAUGCAUUCGAGAUUUACAUGCUUAAAAGGAAAGGGGGGAUGCCAUGAAAAUACAAUCAAAUUGGACGCAGUAAAUAAUGAUUGAAAAUGGAACAAAAUUAAACGACAGCCGCUGUAUUAAUGUUGUCAGGGGGGGGGGGAUAUUUUUUUAAUACUAGUGCAAAAGUUCAUUUUAUUUCUAAAACAUCUGAAAUUUGUAACCAGAAGCCGAUGAUGAAAUGUUGAUACUUCUUUAAAUUAUUCCUCUGCCAUUUGCCUGUUGUAGAGGGGAGGGAAUUAAUCUAACCCCGCCACAUAUUUUGUGCCUGUCCCAAGCCAGGAAACAGGUGUUGGUGGAAUGUGUCUCUUUAACCAUUGAUAUUAAAUUGAAAUCCAUUUUUCCAGAGAGAAAAACAUUAAUUGUAUACAUAUAUAUUCCGCUGUUGUUUUUUUAUUUGGUCGGGUUGUUGUCUCUUUGACACAUUCUCCAUUUCCAUUCUCAAUUUUAUAUAUAUACAGCGAGCCAGAAUUGCGCUUAAGUGUUAAAAAUAGUAAUUAAUAUUUAUGUCAUUUAUUUUGUACAAGCAACACUCAGCCUUUUUUUCUUUCUUUUUUUUCGUGAAUCGAAAAUCGGGUAAAAUCUAUGAAGUGUACAAAAACAUGGUCAAAAGUUACUGUGGACAGAUUUGGAGUUAGUAUACGAAUUUGUUUGUCAUAUUACAAUUGUCAUCUAUAAACUUAUGAGUGAAGGUUUUGUACUGUAAAUGUGGACUUUCAAUAACUUACUUUUUUGUCGUUGGUUUUUUUUCUUUUGUUUUAAGUCAGGCUGUGUUUCCAUUCACUAUGUUAGGGUUAAAGAUGUUUUCCUUCUUAAGAACAAGGAAAUUUUUGAGUUGAAUAUAUUUUUUUUAAUUUUUUUUUAUCAUUCCCACAAGAGUAAAAUACUUAUGAAUUAUUCAGUCUUUAAUUGAACACUCAUUUCAUUCUGUAUGUACAUUGCAAAUUGAUAUAGUAGUGACCAAAAAGGAGAUUGACUUGUUAAUUUGUUUCGGCGCAAAAUCUGAGUUAUCAUUCUUUGUCCGACUUGUAUAAAAAUAAGCCUUAUCCAUUUUUUUUAUUUGUAAAUAUGAAAAUUUAAAUUAUUAUUAAAAAUUUACGAAUAAAGCUUUAUUUGUAGAAAAGUAAUACAGAGAUAGUUGCUGCCAUCACGUUUUGGGUUUUGAUGGAAACAUUUCAAUCUUUUUGUGGCAGGGAUGAGCAGCUGCAGACAAAAGGGGGGUUUCAAUUACAUGUCCCCAUUCAAAUGCAUUGAUUGUCAAAAAAAAGGGAGGGUCCAACCCCUGCCCCCUCUGGAUCCGCGCCUGAAUACCCUUGAUUCUAACCACUAUAUUUUUUUAUUUUUUUUACCUUUUCGUAAGCGGCUCAUCCCUACCCAUCAGUUUAUUGUACCAAUUGACACUCUUCAUCCUUAAGUAUUGCUUAUAUUUGUAUUAUUAUAAUUUAUAAAAUUCAAAAAUAAACAUGUAUAUAAAGUAAUUGAUAUUUAAAACACUACAAUGAUAUUUAACAAAAAUAAUAUUGACGACCACAAUGUUGAAAGAAAAAUCUAGAGGUAAUCAAAUCUUUUAAAGCUAAUUUCCUAAUGCAUGUGAGGUAAGAUUUUGGUUAGCUUACUUGCUUUGUUUGUAUAUUUACAAUUGUAUUUGGGAUGAGGUUAAAAUUAAGUAUAUAAAGGUUAAACUAUGCCUAUCUGUAUUGAUUGCAGAUGUAAAUCUUAAUUACAAUGCUUGAGCAAACAGUUUUACAAACAAAGCAAGCAAUCCAAUCAAAGUCUUUUCUACAAGCAUCAGGAAAAAAGCUCUAAAAUGUUUUUCUUGUUAGAAUGUAAAUUUUACAAUUCAUCCUAUUAAGAAUGAUUUCAAACUAACAACAAAUGUUCGACUUUAAUGUGGUAGACAUAUUGUUUGAAAAUGGAAGCUAACAUACAUCGAACAUUUUAUGUGCAGAGUUAAGUAUUAUUUUAAAUUUUAUUUAUAUAAAUGUUCACCAUAAAUUGAUUAUGUCAGUUUGUAUAUAGGACUUAAUUUAUUUUGACUUGUUAAUAUUUUGCCAAAUAAAUUGUACAUUUACUUUGUUAUCAUUAAGCAAUAAAGUUGUA